CCGAGCUGGCGGCUGCUCGCUUACGCCAUUCCAAUGUUUCUACUCGCUACCGCCGGCUUGUGCCUGCAAACAUGGCUCACCCAUCGGGCGUUUAUUGGAAAUCGCGGCUUUUCGGAAGGACCAGUGGCCUUCAUGAUCUCCGAUGCCAAGUACCCAGGAAACUUGGCCGUUACUUCCAUAUACGUGGUACUGAACUGGUUCUCUGACGGCAUGUUGCUAUGGCGCUUUCAUUGCAUAUUCAAGACCUAUACAGGCGUCCGAUGCAUAUGCGGCGGAAUGUUUCUGGGCCUUGUCGUCACCGGAUCGGUUUUCAUGCCAAGCAUCAGCCAGUUGAACAUCAACAUAUGGACGAACACCAGUGCGAGCGCCUCCCUCGCGUACCUCGCUCUGUCCCUGUCCAUCAAUGUCUUGCUUACCGUCUUCAUGGUCGUUCGCCUAUGGUGGCACUACCAGCAUACCCCUCCCGAGCUCAUCACCGGUCGAUUCACCUCCCUGUUCUCUUCAAUCCUAUGGAUGUUCAUCGAGGGUGCUUCAGUCUACUCCGUCGUCGCCUUCAUCGGGAUUAUCGCUCUGGCUACGAAGAGUCCAAUCCAGAUCGCCCUUCUUCCCACGUUGGGACAGCUCCAGGCGAUCCCGUCCAUCAUGAUAACCGUCCGCAUCACAGAGUUC